AUGAGGGGGAACUUGAGGCGCUUGAAAGCCUUUCUUUCGAGGCAUUUUUCACGGCAGCUUCCAUGGCGGACUCCUCUACCCAGAAGACUCUGCGCCUGGAAAGAGCUCUAUCAUUGUGGACGGAUCAGCUGCGGGACACCGGACGUGACGCCCGAAGCCUGGAAGAUGCGCCUUCGACACAGGGGCCUCCAGGCUGGCGGCAGGGCGUCGGCCAUGGAGGAUCGGCAGACCGGUAACUGGAACCAAGGAGGAGCUCCUGACCCGCCAGGGUCGCUCAGUCCGCCGGUCCCUGGACGCCGCCUGCCUUCGGACGGGGGCGCAGAAGGCCCCGUGCACGCCGGGGAGAAACGGUUCACCUGUUCCGAGUGUGGGCGGGGCUUCAGGCGAGCAGCGGGACUGUCGAGGCACCGGUGCGGUCACGGCGGGGACAAACCGUGGAAAUGCGGGGACUGCGGGAAGGGGUUCAGUUACCCGUCCCGGUUGGAGAUGCACCGGCGCAGCCACACGGGGGAGAGGCCGUUCACCUGCUCGGUGUGUGGCAGUGGAUUCAUUUAUUCAUCCCACCUUAUCAAGCACCAGCGGGUACACACCAUGGAGAAGCAGUUCACUUGCUCCUUGUGUGGGGGAGGAUUUGCCGAUCGCUCCAGCCUUCUGACACACCAGCGGGAGCACACCGGGGAGAGGCCCUUCAUCUGCUCCAAGUGUGGGAAUGGAUUCACUUGUUCGUCCCACCUUCGUAGGCAUCAGCGGGUUCACACCAGGGAGCAACAAUUCGCCUGCUCCUUGUGCGGGAAAGGAUGCAGUCGCUUCUCCAGCCUUCUCAGGCACCAGCGAGACCACAGCGGGGAGAGGCCGUUCACCUGCUCCGAGUGCGGGAAGGGGUUCAGUUACCAGUCCCGGUUGGAGAUGCACCGGCGCAGUCACAGCGGGGAGAGGCCGUUCACCUGCUCGGUGUGUGGCAGUGGAUUCAUCUAUUCAUCCCACCUUAAAAGGCACCAGCGGGUACACACCGCGGAGAAGCCGUUCACUUGCUCCUUGUGUGGGGGAGGAUUUGCUGAUUUCUCCAGCCUUCUGACACACCAGCGGUUCCACACCAGGAAGCGGCCCUUCACCUGCUCCGAGUGCGGGAAGGGGUUCACUCGGUCAUCCAGCCUCCGCACACACCAGCGGGUUCACACCAGGGAGAAGCCGCGCAUCUGUUCUGUGUGCGGGAUGGGCUUUGCGAGUUUGACCAGUCUAAGGAUUCACCGAUGGAUUCACAAGUGACCGCAGGGUUUGCACUACUGUUCGUCACAUCCAGGGCAUUAACGGUGUACAGUUUCACAUUCUUUGCAUGAUAAUAACCUCUAGAUCUGGAUUGGAAAUUAAUUUUCCAGGUAAAUGUCAAAUGAAUCAGAAACAAUGGACGUUCAGUGUUGUCCUUUUAAUAUAAGAGUCCCCGAGUAGUACAGCAUGAAAACAGGCCCUUCAGCCCAACUCAUCCAUGCCGACCAAGGUGCCCACCUGAGCUAGUACCAUGUGGCUCAUGUCCCUCUCAACCUUUCCUAUCUAUGUACUUCCCCAAUGACUCUUUAAUGUUAUCGCGCCUGCCUCAACCACCACCUCUGGCUGCUGAUUCUAUGUCCGCUCCACCUUCCGCAUGAAGUUGCCCCUCUGGUCUCUUUCAAUUCUUUCCCCUGCCACCUUAAACCUACACCCUCCAGCGUUUGGUUUCCUUUCCCUGGGGAGAGGGUGGCGGAAUUACUGCAUCCAUUCACGCUGUUGAUGCCUGCUCAUGAUUUAUGCACCUCCAUAAGAUCACCCCUCAGAAUUUUAUACUUCUUUAUAUCAAUCAGAAUUUCCCGAGGAUUCUACAUUGAUGCAUGAAUUUUUAAGGAAAAGGAAGAUUCCGAAAUUAUCACUUAAUGAACGUUUAAUAUUAGAUGCACCUAUUUCAGAGGAAGAAAUAAAGAAAGCAAUUUCUUCAAUGAAUUCUGGUAAAACACCUGGUCUCGAUGGGUAUACAGUUGAAGUUUUUAAAUCUUUUUCUGAUCUUCUUUCUCCUUGGUUAGGUAAAAUUUUUAAAGAUGCCCUAUCAGUAGGUAAGUUAUCACAAUCCUUUUAUGGAGCAUCUCUUUAAUUCUUAAAAAGGAUGAGGAUCCUACUGAAUGUGCAUCAUAUAGACCUGUCUCUUUAUUGAAUGUGGACUCCAAACUUUUUUCCAAAUUAUUGGCUUCUAGACUGGAAAAUGUACUUCCACAAAUUAUUUCUGAUGACCAGACAGGAUUUAUUAAAAUUGGUAUUUGCAUUUUAAUAUUAGGAGGUUAAUGAAUAUUGUAUAUACCCCUUCAUCUACAGUUCCAGAGUGUGUUAUCUCGCUUGAUGCCGAGAAGGCAUUUGAUAGAGUCAAAUGGGAAUAUUUAUUUAACAUGCUUGAGAAAUUUAAUUUUAGCCCAAAUUUUAUAUCCGUGAUUAAAUUGAUAUACACCUUUGGCUUCAGUACUUACGAAUAAUCAGAGAUCCCACUUUUUCAGGCUUUUUUGAGGCACUAGACAGGGCUGCCCUUUAAGUCCUUUACUAUUUGAUAUUGCCUUGGAACCCUAGGCAAUUGCCUUUCUGGACUCUUCUAACAUAUUUGGUAUCAUUCGUGGAAAUGGGAAGCAUAAGAUAUCAUUAUAUGCAGAUGACCUGUUACUUUAUAUCUCUAACCCUGAGAAAUCCAUUCCUGCAGCAUUAUCACUGCUUGCUCAGUUUAGUGCUUUUUCUGGCUAUAGAUUAAAUCUUAAUAAGAGUGAGCUUUUCUCAUUAAAUAUGCAAGUCCCAAUCAAUAGGCAAUUACCAUUUAGAUUAGUGACUGAUUAUUUUACUUAUUUGGGUGUUAAAAUUACCAAGAAGCAUAAGGACUUAUUCAAAGUUAACUUUUUACCCUUAAUUGAUCAUGUUAAACAAUUGCUUACUAAAUGGUCCCCAUUGUCUCUAUCAUUGGUCAAAUCAAUGCGGUUAAGAUGACUAUUUUACCUUAAUUUUUAUAUUUAUUCCAGGCAGUUCCAACCUUCAUCUCAAAAUCCUUUUUUGAUAUUAUUGAUUCUAAAAUUCUGUCAUAUAUAUGGCAGAAUAAAAACCCAAGGUUAAGUAGGAAAUAUUUACAGAAAUUAAAAUAUGGUGGUAUGGCUUUGCCUGACCUUAGAUUUUACUAUUGGGCAAUGAAUAUUAGAUAUUUAAUUUUCUGGACACAAGUUUUAUAUGUAAUUCAGUGUCCCCAAUGGGUGUAUCUUGAGCAUUAGUCAGUGCAAGGGUUUUCAUUAGCUUCUAUUUUAGGAGCCUCGCUCCCCUUUGCACGUACUAAAUUGAGUAAACAAAUGAUUAACCCAAUAAUUAAACACACAAUACGAAUACGGUUUCAAUUUCAUAAAUUUUUUGGAUUGAAUAACUUCAUUUUAUCAAGUCCUAUCCGAUUUAAUUUUUUUCUUUCAACCAUCUAGAAUUGAUUUAGCUUUUUCUUUAUGGGAAAUGAAGGCAAUAACCUGCUUUCAUGAUCUAUUCAUUGCUAAUUGUCUUUUGUCUUUUGAACAGUUGUCUAAUAAAUACAAUUUGCCUAGAUCACUUUUUUCGAUAUUUACAGAUUAGAAACUUUUAAAAAGUUAUUUUACCUACUUUUCCGAUACCACAUAAAAUUGAAAUUACGGAAAAAAUUUUAGGUUUUAAUCCUUAUCAGAAGGGCCUGAUAGCAAUAUGAUCUGAUUAUGAAAAUAUGUCUACGGAUAUCUGAUAGAAUUAAGAAUGAACGGGAGAGAGAACUCCAGAUACUUUUACCUACAGAGACAUGGAAGAAAAUUCUCCAAUUAGUCAAUACAUCUUCAAUGUGUGCCAGACAUUCUUUGAUACAGGUGGUUCACAGGACCCAUGUGUCAAAGGACAAGUUAGCCCGUAUUUAUCACCAUAUAAAUCCUAUAUGUGACAGAUGUAAAUCAAAUGUGGCUUCCCUGACACAUAUGUUUUGGUCCUGUCCUUUUUUGGAAAAAUAUUGGAAAGACAUUUUUAAUAUUAUUUCAACUAUUGAAUAUUGAUUUACAACCUCAUCCUAUGACUGCAAUUUUUGGGUUACCAAUGAUGGAUUCUGGCCAUUUAUCCGCUUCUGCUUAUCGUAUGAUUGCAUUUGUUACAUUAAUGGCCAAGAGAUCCAUUCUAUUUAAAUGGAAGGAUCCUAUACCCCCUACUACAUUUCAAUGGUUUUCUCAACAUGUUUAAACUUGGGGGAAAUUAGGAGUGGUACUGUUGAUCCUUCGCUUAAAUUUGAGGAAGUUUGGAGUCCAUUCAUUCAGUAUUUCCAUAUGAUGUAAGCAGACCUUUCUCGAAUCCCUUUCAAUAACCUUUGAAUAUAGAGGAGCGGAACUAAUGACAUUAUAAUGUUUUUCAACCGAAGAAAUAACAGUCCAGCCUUUUUAAAAAAGUUUUUGGUUUGCUUUUGUUUAUUUUUUUUGUUGUUUUAUGUUUUUUUGAAUUUGGGGGUUCUCUUUUCAUAUAAUCAAAUUUAUUUUCAAAUUCUUUUGUAUCAUGUACAUAUAGUAAGAAAUGGGGAGGUUCAGAUUAUAUAUUUAACUCCCUGUGUUUGUAUAUGUCAACUGUUAUUAUUGUAAUCCCCAUCUCUUUGCACCGUGUG